GUUGUUGUUUUUUUUUUUUACCAUUUUUCUUUUGUUUUUCUGCUGGUUCACCUCUCUUUCCUCUUGCUAUUUCGCCCGCCUCCACGACCUCGCGAGGGGAAAAAACCUAGACCUAGGGUUUGCGUCCGCCACCGCAGCGAGCGUCGAGGACAGAGCUGGAUUGCUUCUCCUUUCUCCUCCGGAUCUCCAUGCGCCGCUGGGACAGCGGCUUCGUCGAUUAGGCUGAGCGUCGGAUCUCCGUCGAUCGGAGAGGGGGGAAGAGCCGGCGCCGUCGUCGAGUAGGGCUUCCGCUUCCGUGAUGAUGGCGGCGGCCGGGCUGGGGGACCGUUGACUGGAUGGCAUUGGGAGAUCUGAUGGCAUCCAGGUUGUCUGUGUCGUCGCCGUCCGUUUCGAAUCAUCUGGAUGAGUUCUCUGGCCGGGAGGAUGGGGGAGCGCCCGUGGGAGAGAGGGAACAGGAGGCGGUGCAUGCGACUGAGAGCAACUUGCCGGUGACGGCAGCUGCGGGAGCCACCAGCAUGGCGUACUUGCCUCAGACAGUCGUGCUCUCAGAAUUCCGGCAUGAGGGUUUUGAGGAUUGCGCCGAGGUGGGGCCUUCAGAUAGUGGGUUGGUGUCGAAGUGGCGGCCCAAGGACCGGCUUAAGACAGGAUGCGUGGCACUCGUGUUAUGUUUAAAUAUUGGUGUUGACCCGCCUGAUGUUAUUAAAAUAUCUCCUUGUGCCCGGAUGGAGUGUUGGAUAGAUCCACAUUCUAUGGCUGCUCCAAAAGCUCUUGAAACAAUUGGAAGGGCAUUGCAUGCUCAAUAUGAGCGCUGGCAACCUCGGGCUCGUUAUAAGCUCCAACUUGAUCCCACUGUGGAGGAAGUGAAGAAGCUUUGUAAUACUUGCCGGAAAUAUGCCAGGGCGGAAAGGGUUCUAUUCCAUUAUAAUGGGCACGGAGUGCCUAAGCCUACAGCAAAUGGAGAAAUUUGGGUCUUCAACAAGAGCUACACACAAUAUAUUCCAUUACCAAUCAAUGAGCUUGACUCGUGGCUUAAGACACCUUCGAUCUAUGUGUUCGACUGUUCUGCAGCAGGGAUGAUUGUCAAAGCCUUUCUAGAGCGCCAAGAUUGGAACACUUCUGGUUCUUCUGGUUCCUCAUCAAAGGAUUUUAUUUUGCUUGCUGCUUGUGAAGCCCAUGAGACGCUUCCACAGAGUGUUGAAUUUCCUGCUGAUGUGUUCACAUCCUGCCUCACUACACCUAUUAAAAUGGCAUUGCGUUGGUUUUGCUCUCGAUCUUUGCUUCGUGAUUCACUCAACUACUCUCUUAUCGAUCAAAUUCCUGGGCGUCAAAAUGACCGAAAGACACUUCUAGGGGAGCUGAAUUGGAUUUUUACUGCUGUCACUGACACAAUUGCAUGGAAUGUCCUUCCCCAUGAUCUUUUCCAAAGACUAUUUAGGCAAGAUCUGUUAGUUGCAAGUCUCUUUCGCAAUUUCUUACUUGCUGAGCGAAUUAUGAGAGCUGCCAACUGCUCUCCUGUUUCAUAUCCAUUGUUGCCGCCAACUCAUCAGCAUCAUAUGUGGGAUGCAUGGGACAUGGCUGCUGAAAUUUGCUUGUCUAAACUUCCACAGUUGAUUGCGGAUCCUAAUGCUGAUUUCCAGUCAAGCCCAUUCUUCACCGAGCAACUCACAGCUUUUGAGGUGUGGCUAGACCAUGGUUCCGAACACAAGAAACCACCAGAGCAGCUACCAAUAGUUCUUCAGGUUUUACUAAGCCAGUCUCAUCGAUUCCGGGCAUUGGUUCUCUUAGGAAGAUUCCUUGAUAUGGGACCUUGGGCUGUUGAUCUGGCCUUAUCUGUUGGCAUCUUUCCUUAUGUCCUAAAGCUUUUACAAACCACUGCUACUGAAUUGCGACAAAUACUGGUGUUCAUUUGGACCAAAAUUCUUGCCCUUGAUAAGUCUUGUCAGGUAGAUCUGGUAAAAGAUGGCGGGCACACAUAUUUUAUCAGGUUUCUUGAUAGCAUGGAUGCCUAUCCUGAGCAGCGAGCAAUGGCUGCUUUUGUCUUGGCAGUUGUAGUGGACGGACAUCGGCGGGGACAAGAAGCAUGCAUUGAAGCAAAUUUGAUAAAUGUGUGCCUGAAGCAUUUACAAAUUGCUAAUCCAAGUGAUGGGCAAACUGAGCCUUUACUUCUUCAAUGGCUUUGUCUAUGUCUGGGAAAGCUAUGGGAAGAUUUUCCAGAAGCACAAGUCAUAGGUUUGCAAGCUGAUGCACCAACAAUAAUUUUACCUUUAUUAUUGGAGCCACAACCUGAGGUUAGAGCUUCUGCUGCUUUUGCUUUGGGAACCCUUAUUGAUGUUGCAUCUGUCUCAUUUGGUGAUGGACAUGGCGUUGAUGAGGACUUUGAUGAUGACGAAAAGAUAAAAGCUGAGCUGAAUAUCAUUAAAAACCUUCUACAACUUGCUGUGGAUGGAAGUCCUUUGGUGCGGGCUGAGGUUGCUGUAGCUCUUGCCCGCUUUGCCUUUUCUUACAACAAACCUCUCAAGUCAACUGCUGUUGAAAAUUGGAAGCCUCUGACCUCUCAGCCUUCUCUUGCCAGCAUAAAUCAUCUUAACAACUAUACACCCAGCCAAUUUGUGCAGGUGGGAAGCUCAAUCUCACAUAUUGGUCCUGUAUUAAGAGGAAAUAGUGAGAGUAACACUGCUGGUAGAGAAGGAAGGAUAUCCUCAAGUAGCCCCAUUGCAUCAGUUGGCAUAAUGCAUGGUUCUCCACUCUCUGAUGAUUCUUCUCAUCAUUCUGAUUCUGGUAUACUGACCAAAGAAAUUGGUAGUAAUGGGGUCAUUAAUUGCUCUAGAGCAAGACCUUUUGACAAUGCUUUAUGUUCUCAGUUUACUAUGGCUUUGUUUAAUAUGACAAAGGAUCCUUCUCCUCGUGUUGCAAACCUUGCCCGAAGAGCACUUUCCAUAAUUGGUAUUGAACUAGUGGUCACAAAAGCUCCAAGGUUAGGCAUAAACCAUGGCGAUUCUUCUGUUCCAUCUCACACUUCUAAUCUUCCAGGAUUGGCGCGCUCAUCUUCGUGGUUUGACUUGAAUGCUGGUCACAUAUCUGUGGCAUUCCGGACGCCUCCUGUUAGUCCUCCUCGUCAAAAUUAUAUGGCAGGACUUCGCCGAGUAUGCUCUCUCGAGUUCAGGCCACAUCAACUGAAUUCUCCAGAUACUGGAUUAGCUGAUCCACUUCUAGGAGCUGCUGGAUCUUCUGGUGGUUCUGAGCGUAGUUUACUUCCACAAUCAACUAUCUACAAUUGGAGUUGUGGCCAUUUUUCUAGACCACUUCUCGCUGGAGCUGAUGACAAUGAAGAAACUAUUUCUAGAAGGGAAGAAAGAGAGAGGAUUGCUUUAGAUCGCAUAGUUAAAUGCCAACAUUCUUCUAAUGUCAAACUUGCCAAUCAAAUUGCUAGCUGGGACACUAAGUUUGAAACAGGCAUGAAAGCUUCACUGCUCUUGCCUUUUUCUCCAAUUGUAGUUGCUGCUGAUGAGAAUGAACAGAUCAGGGUAUGGAAUUAUGAAGAAGCUACUACUUUGAACAGUUUUGAUAAUCAUGAAUCAUCUGAUAGAGGGAUAUCCAAGCUCUCCCUUGUAAAUGAACUUGAUGACAGCUUGCUUCUAGUUGCUUCAAGUGAUGGAAAUGUUCGCUUUUGGAAAAAUUUCACGGAACGAGGGAAACAAAAACUUGUAUCAGCAUUCUCUUCACUUCAAGGUCAUCGGAAUGCAGCUCGUGGCACAGCUGCUGUUGUUGAUUGGCAGCAACAGUCUGGUUAUUUGUAUGCUUCUGGAGGCACAUCAUCUGUCCUGCUUUGGGAUCUGGACAAAGAGCAGCUAGUUAGCUCCAUCCCAUCAUCAUCUGACAGUUGCAUAUCAGCUUUGUCUGCUUCUCAAGUUCAGGGUGGUCAAUUUGCAGCUGGCUUUGUUGAUGGUACUAUCAGGAUAUACGACAUUCGUACUCCUGAAAUGCCGGUCUGCACUGCUCAGCCUCACACACAGAAGGUAGAGAAGGUUGUGGGAAUUGGUUUUCAGCCUGGACUUGAUACAACUAAGAUUGUCAGUGCAUCGCUAGCAGGGGAUAUACAGUUCCUGGAUGUUAGAAACCAAUCUGAACCAUAUCUUACCAUUGAUGCACAUAGGGGUUCCCUUGCUGCCUUGGCAAUUCAUCGGCACGCUCCAAUUAUUGCAAGUGGUUCUGCUAAGCAAAUUGUGAAGGUUUUCAGUCUAAAAGGAGAGCAGCUAAGCAUCAUCAGAUAUUACCCUACUUUCAUGGCUCAGAGAAUAGGUUCUGUUAGCUGUCUCACUUUCCACCCGUACAGAGUACUCCUUGCUAUUGGUGCUGCCGAUGCCUGUGUAUCUAUCUAUGCAGAUGACACUUACCAAACAAGAUGACUUGCUUUUGGCAACGUUCAAACCUUCAGACCUGAUUAAGGAACAUGGAAAUUUCAAUUUAAUAAUCAAGGAGAUGGUAACUGCAUUUGCCCCAGAUUGUGACAUCAAGCUGCACAAUCCUGCUUUGAAUGUGAAAUUUGUAUCUUACAGUGUUCGUUAGCCUCCUCAAAAGAGGGUCACACUUCAUCAGAAUUCUUGCAUCACCGUUGGAGGCUCUCACUAAUAAUAAUAUUUAGGUAAAAGUUGUACAUAGUCUAUUUUAUGUUUAUGUUUUCUUUUUCUUAUUUAAUUUUUCUUGAUCAUUUUCUUGCUUUGUUUUGUUCAAAGUUGUAAAAAUUGCACUUUCAUAUUAUAAAUUAAGUAUUGGCUGCUUUUAGGAAAG